CCGACGGUCACCAAAGUGCCGUCCAGAACUUGCCUACCCUCGCUCACAGAUACGCUUACACCCAAGCACCACCUGCUUUACGCGUUCGAUGAGGGAUGAUUUGCUCCCCCAAGCCAUGACCCUCGUCGAAGCCCAAUUCGCCCGAAUAGGCUUGGCUUCACUGGCAGUCUAUUACUUCUUCAAGUUUGGUUUUCAUUAUAGUACUACGUUAGAAAACGCUAUAGACCCUGGAGCGCAAAUGACCUGGACGAAUAUUGCAUUUUAUUUUAUCUCUCGUAUUUUAGCGGUCGGGGUACUGAGCUUCAAUAAGCCUUCUCCUCGUUGGAUAGAUCGUAACACAGGGAAACCCAUGCCCCUUCCGCAAACAUUGAAAGGACGAACACAAUACGCCCUCGACCUAACGCUUGCGAUAACAGGUUCUAGCUGCUUCCAUGAUCGACACUGGGACUUCGCUCCUCCGGGCAUCAGGACAUAUCGUGCCCCGCCUUCACUUUCUCGAUGGACCUUCGCUGUUUCUGCUUUGCAGCGAAUCGUGAUGCUGUAUGCGACAUAUGAUGCGCUGGACUUCUUGCUCAAGCGUGCCAUCAAUUUCCAUCAUCUUCAACAGCUCUCCCCAUUGAAUCCAAGCCCCGUUACUACGUUGCUGCCGUAUCACCUCCAAUUGUUCUGCGUCAUCGUAUUAUGCGCACACGCUUAUGUUGGGAUGACGAUGGAAAAUCUCGCAUUUUCGAUUAUCUUUGUCGGUUCAGGCCUUUCUUCCAUGGACUCAUGGCCGCCAUUUUUCAACCGACCUUUUUCAUCCAGAUCCCUCCCUUCUUUUUGGGGUGAAGGCUGGCACUUCUUCCACAGACACAACUUCGUCAGCAUAUCCAAAUUCUUCGUCGACCCAUUCACAACCGACCCUAACAUAGCCCAAUUCUUAAUCACCGUCCUCUCAUUCUUGCAGUCCGGAUUCUUGCAUGAAAUCGUGAUGGAGUCUCUCCCUCUUGCGAAGGAUCCAAUAACGUAUACUCUCCCACUGUUUUCGCUGGAAAGGAUGCGGUACUGGAAUCUAUCGGCGAUGAAGUUCUUUAUCGUGCAACCAAUUGGAAUCAUCUUCGAUGCGUUAGUACUUCGAAAGAGGGUACCAGGGUUGCGAAGAGUGUUUGCAUUCAUGUGGUUAUUGCACACAGGGAGAUGGUGGGCAGAUAUGUGGGUCGCGAAAGGGAUGUGGGAUGGGGAUGACCCUGCGCUCGUCGUCAGGCCGGCUGCUGUGGUUUUGAGGCGUAUUUUCGGAAAUACAUAGACUCUAGUGAUAGAAUGGGACAGCUUGCCGACUGAAGCAUAGGUCCUAGUUUCGGCGUGAUAGUUAGGAAGGCUGGUCCAUCAUAAAUAUUACAUCGCAUGUUGCUCUAGCUCUGAAAUU